AUGAGUUUUGUCUGGCCAACUUACGUUUGGUACGCUGAAAGCGCUGUAGGAGUUCCGCUAUACAUUGUCGUCCUCGUCACGUUGCGGCAGUACGCAACGACUUCGCAGAGCUACCGCAACACAUUCUACGUCCUUUUCUUCCAGCAUGUCAGUUUAACUCUAAAAGAUUUGGAAAAAUGAAAUAUUUCAUUAAUGGAGAAAGCUUUGUUACUAGAACUAGAAUUUUGAAGUUUUCUUUUUGUUUAAGAAAGUUCGGAACGAUUUCUAAAUAUGUAACCUUCGUUAGAAAAAAUAAUUUAAAAAAGAUUAAUGAUGGGACGUUAAUAAAAGGUUAGGUUCAUUGAGAGCGUGACUUCAAAUAAAUGUCAAAUAUAUCAAAAGAUAACGAUACAGUUCAAAAACCAGUAUUGUGCAAUAAUUUUUGAGAAAACUUCUAGAUUAUCCAGUUGAUGGAAAAAAAAUUGGCAAUCUUUGUAAAAACAACUAAAAUCUAAAACCGGUGGCUUUCAUCAAGCAAACUCUUUUACUUCUGAAUUACAACUUUUCAAAUUUAUUUUUCAGGGUAUUGCUGACCUCCUCAGUAUGAUUUUCUACCUGCUAAUUAGUAUAAAAUACGUCGAGCCCAUACGGACCUUCGUUUUCACUUAUCAGGAGUACUACCUUGCGGCAGGUUGCUUUUUCCUUCUUUUAAGAAAUAUAAACGCGCACUACCAGGUACCUACAACUUUAUCUACUACACGUUGUACAUCCGAUGUUGUGGCAUAGUUCUGCUCACUUUGCAAAGAUUUUGUACCGUCGUUUUCUCCCACACGGCGUUCAACAAGGCGAGGAUGACAAGCUAUUAUUAGAUUAGCGUUUCACAUGAUGAAUUUCUCAUGGGCGGUUCUUUUUUCCCCCAAGGUCAUGCAUAAAAUACAAAUUAUAAAACACGGGGAAUAAAAAAGUGGGGGAAAAUUGGACUUACUUCCCGCAACAGGUUAGAAAGGCAAGGUUUAGUUUAUUCUCACCAUAGGUUGGACAUAAAAAGUGCUAAAAAAAUCCUGGGAAGAGAAAUGAUUCCCUGAGAUUAAUCGAACCAAAAAGAGAGAAAUAUAAAAAAAAAGGAAAAAAAAGGAAUAAGUAAUCAAUUCUUCAGGCUCUUCAAAAAAUGGCGCCCUGGAAAAUCGUCGUCAUCUACUGGACUGUGCCAACGUUAUUAAGUCUUGUUGCUUUGAAGGACACGGGGAUGUAUUUUGACGAGAACAUGUCGCUUUACACUGAUAAGGCUAUCAUUUCUGUAAGAGGAGAACUCCAAAAUCCAUUUUACAAAAAAAUAUUCAGAGAAACACAUUGAUGGCAGUUAUUGUUGUCUUCGUUACGUGUUUAAUUUGUGUAUUCAGUUACGCGGUUAUCUUUAUUUUCGUCCGGACACAUAUGCUUUCUUCGUAAGUUUUUCGAUAAAUCAAAAGUUGAAGAUUGAAAAAUUGAAACAGUAAACCCAGCUUAACGCAUGCACAAUAGCUCUUUAUGAAAACGACUAUUGAUUUUUCAAUAGGCCAAAAUUACAAGUCUUUUAUUUCUAAAUUUCUACUUCAUUUCUUUUUCGGUUUUUUACUUUCCUAUUUGCGUAGCUUUGGAGUUCUCUUAACAUUUUUUGAAUAUUCUUCAUUUCAGAGCACUUCGGCGAGAACUGAAUCUUUCUGUGCAAUUACUAGGUCUAGUCUUUGCGUUCCUUCUGAUGUUUAUUUACUACGCACUGCAAUAUUCUUUUUCAAUAAACCAGAACGUAAGUUUCCUUCUUCCAAAAAACUUUGUUUCAUUUUUUGUUUUUGCAGGCCGGGCCGAUCUUCACGAUGCGAUCCUUGUACCCGAUGAUCAACGGCUUUCUGUCCUACAUCAAUCCUUUCAUGAUAGUUUUUCUCAAUAAGGAAAUUGCACGGGGUGUCGGGAGGUUACUUCUCGGCCAUAAUAUUAGAAUGGUAAUUUCUGAUUCAAAAAAGCCGAACUAACUCAAUUAUUCUCAGGAUCCUAAAAUUCGCGGGUCGCGGAAGACGUCAACAAAAAAUGAGCGCGUCACACCAAUCCAAUGA